GAGUGCAGGUGGUAAAAAGGCUCGAGAAGCUCGGGAUGCACUGCUCCGACACGACCCAGAUCCACUUUGACGAUGUUCGAGUCCCUGCAGAUCACAUCAUUGGGGAUGAGGGAAUGGGCUUCAUCUAUCAGAUGCUCCAGGAGGAGAGGCUGGCUGGUGUGGCGCUGACACUCCGGCCAAUGGAGAAGUGCAUCCAUGAGACCAUCGAAUACACGCGGCAGCGCCGUGCCUUUGGGCGCUCCAUCUUGGACAACCAGGUCGUCCAUUUUCGCCUGGCCGAGCUCUUGACUGAGAUUGAGGCACUCAGGGCCCUCCUUUACAGGACUGUUGACUUGUACAAGGAGGGGAAUGACACGACACAGCUGGCUUCCAUGUGCAAGUUGAAGGCGGGCCGCCUGUGCCGGGAGGUAACCGACUCGUGCCUCCAGUAUUGGGGUGGAAUGGGGUUCACGGACGAGGUCCACGUGAGCCGCUUCUACCGGGACUGCCGGGUGAUGUCCAUUGGGGCUGGCGCCGAUGAGGUCAUGCUUUCCAUCAUCUCCAAGUACAUGGGAACUCUCCCUGCU